AUGGCAGAUUUUGAUUAUGUUUCCCACGUGGAUGCUACAGAGCCUAUGAAAGGUCCAAAGCCGCCGGCGGAUCUCAGUCAUCAUUUCUCCAGGGUGACGGUUGCGAGGAAGGAGAGCAAGAUCAAGGAGUUUUAUAAGUAUUUCCAGAUUCCUGGAAUUGGGAAUUUGGCUGGUGGCCUCCCCAACGCAUCUUUCUUCCCAUACGAUACACUGGAAGCCCAAAUCGCACAGCCAGAACGCUUCAAUCCCACACCAAACGACCCGAACGAUCCCAGCGAACUCCUCGCCUCAACGACCUUGAAGAAGAACCAUGAUGCCACUGCUGCUUCUCACAUCACUGUUCCCCAUGCAUCAGCAUCUCCAAACCCUCUGCAAAACAUUGACCUGACCACUGCACUGCAAUACGGAACAGCGCAGGGUUACCCACCACUCUACUCAUUCCUCAAACAGUUCACACGCGAGAACCUGCAUCCUAAUGUGCCAUACCUCGAUGGGCCAGAGAUCAUCCUGACAAACGGCAAUACAGAUGGCUUUUCAAAGUGCCUGGAGGCCAUGAGCAAUGUUUGGAGCGAGGAACGGGAUUGGAUUAGAGAGAGGCCGGGGCUCUUGUGCGAGGAGUUUGCGUAUAUGAAUGCAGUUCAAUCCGGUGGACCCAGGGGUCUGCAGAUUGUGCCGGUGAAGAUGGAUUUGGAGGGCAUGCUACCUUCUGGCCCGGGUGGGUUGCAGGAUGUGUUGGAGAAUUGGGACGAGUCAAAGGGAUUGAGGCCACAUUUGAUGUACACCGUGACAAUCCACAGCAUUGGACAGAAUCCUACUAGUAGAACACUGUCCAUCCAACGUCGUAAGGAUAUCUACGCCCUUUGCAGCAAGUACGAUGUCAUUAUUAUUGAAGACGAGCCAUACUGGUACCUGCAAUACCCGUCCGCAAUCGGCAAGCAAGCCGAAACUCGUGGCGAAUCUCUUCCAGCUGCACAAGAACCCCAUAAAUUUGACAAAUCGACCGGGUAUGAAUACUUAGACAGUCUCGUCCCCUCAUACCUGAAUUUUGACCCUGACGGACGAGUCCUCCGCCUCGACACAUUCUCGAAGACUGUAGCACCAGGCUGCCGCCUUGGCUGGAUCACUGGCCAACCUGCUAUCAUUGAACGGAUUCUUAGAAUUACAGAGAGCUCAACCCAACAGCCAUCCGGAUUCGUGCAAUCAAUGGUUGCAGAGCUGCUCAUAGGCCCUCAGCCUGCAGCCGCCGAAUUCGCCAAGAAGUCAAAGGCUGGCCAACUCGCAUUCUCGGGCUGGCAAACAGAUGGCUGGGUCCGCUGGCUCUCUGGCCUUCGAGGAGCAUAUGAGCGUCGUAUGACCCGAAUGUCUGAGAUCCUCGAAGAAGGCCGUUUCCAGCUUAAACAGGGAACGCCUAUCAAGUCCAGCGAGAGCGACUGGGCUGUUAUCUCUAAAACGAAGAUGUAUUCGUUUGAUUGGCCACGCGCGGGCAUGUUCUUGUGGAUGCGGGUGCAUUUUGAGGCGCAUCCGCUCUGGGGCAAGGUCGAGGGAGCUAAGCUUUCGAGAGCGCUGUGGAUUUAUCUCACUACCAAGCCAUACUUGGUUCUGUUGGCCCCGGGACAGAUGUUCAGCCCUACACCGGAGAUCUCAGAGCAGGAGGGAUGGAAAUAUUUCAGACUUUGCUUUGCUGCUGUGACAGAGGAUGAGGUGGACAAAUCAUCAAAGCGGACUGCUGAGGGUAUUAGGGACUUCUGGUUGAUUAGAGAUGAGAAGGAGCUGGACGAUAUUGAAGGCACUGUGAACGGAGAGGGAAUGAGGGAGGGCCUUAUGGACCUGGGUAUGAAUUGGGCUUGUUAG